UCCCCAUGAGAGGACAUGCGAGACUUCGUAUUAUUUUGACGUCUUUCUGUCGUGUUGCAGGAAUAAGGCGUUGUUCAACUACGAGUAACGACACUCAGGAUGAUGCAUUUCCAAAAAGAAUAUUUUCUGGUAUUCAGCCAACUGGCAUCCCACACAUCGGUAAUUACCUGGGCGCUGUUACUAACUGGGUUCGACUACAAGAAGCGAGUCAGCAAGAUGAAGUGAUUUUUUGCGUGGUUGAUAUGCAUUCUAUAACGUUACCACAAGAUCCACAACAAUUGAAGAACAAUAUUUAUGACAUGGUAGCAUGUUUGUUGGCUUGUGGGAUUGAUCCAAAGAAGUCUAUUCUUUUUCAGCAGUCAGCUGUUCAACAGCAUGCUGAAUUAGCCUGGGUGUUAGGAUGUAUAACAACAAUGAAAAGGUUAGGACAUUUACCACAAUGGAAGACAAAGAGUGCAAAAAGGAGAGAAGGAGUAUGUGUAGGAUUGUAUACAUAUCCAGUAUUAAUGAGUGCAGAUAUACUCUUAUAUAAAGCUACCCAUGUGCCUGUUGGAGAUGACCAGAUACAGCAUGUAGAACUGACUCAGGAUAUAGCAAGGGUCUUCAAUAAUUUAUACGGCAAUUUCUUCCCAAGACCUCAGGUGUUGUUCAGUGAAGUAAAAAAAGUGAAGAGUUUACGGGAUCCAUCGAGUAAAAUGAGUAAAUCUGACAGUUCUCAUCUAAGUAGAAUUGAACUCACUGACACUGAUAAGGAAAUACAUAUGAAAUUCAGAAAAGCUGUGACUGAUUUCACCUCUGCUGUGACCUAUGACCCUGACCGAUUAGGGGUCACCAAUAUAAUCAAUAUACAUUCUGCCUUCACUGGAAUAACUCCCGAUAAAAUCUGUGAUGAUGUAAAGAAUCUUACAACUGCAGAGUAUAAAAAGGUUGUUGCUGAUGCAGUGAUUGAGAAUUUGACGCCGGUACGAGAUGAAAUUACAAGGUUACAACAGGAAAAACAUUAUAUUGAAGAUAUUUUAAAAUUAGGCGCUGAUAGAGCAAGGACUAUCGCCAUGGAAACUUACAAUGAUGUUAAAAAACUUGUUGGGUUUUUGUGA